AUGGGUGGUUCUGCCGCGAGCAACGGUGCAGCGGCAGCGGCAGCGGCAGACGUGGUGGCAGCCAGAGCCGCAGCGGCCGGCGGCGGCGGCGGAGGCAGUGCCAGUGCCGGCCCCAGGGACACCGUGGCGGCGCCGGGGGUGGCCGCCCCUGCCGCCCCCGGCCCGGGGGCGGGCGCGAGCGCGGGGGCGGGCGCGGCCGCCGCAGUCUGGUCUUCCACCGCUACCGCCGUCUCCUACCCGGCCGUGACGACGGCCGUGGCCGGCGACGCCCCCAACGCGACGCUGAGCGCCUUCCUGGACAACGAGACGGCGUCGGCUGGCACCUUCUGCCUCGAGUGGGAGGCGGCGCAGCACAACCUCUUCCAGACGGCCAACCUCUUCUUCGCCGCCGCCUUCCUCGUGCCGCGCUCCUUCAAGCAGAGCCUGCUCGUCCUCAGGGGCCUGCUGUGCGUGGGCUUCCUGCUGUCGGCGCUGUGGGCGGGCAUCCACGUGUGCUCGCCGGACGUGUUCGCGUGGAACGCCGGCCUGGUGCUGCUGAACGCGGCGCACUCUGCGCUGCUGGGCGCGCGCUUCCUGCCGCCGCCGCUGUCGCCCGAGCUGGCCGACGUGUACACGCGGCUGUUCCGGCCGCUGCGCGUCUCGCGGAAGCACUUCAAGGAGCUGGCGCGCUGCGCCCGCCUGCUGCGCUGCGCCGCCGGAGACACGUACGCCGCCGAGGGCGCCACGCCCGCCGACGAGCGCCUCUCCGUGCUGCUCAAGGGCAGGAUGCGGGUGAGCUGCGACGACGCCCACCUGCACUACAUCACGCCUCACCAGUUCAUCGACUCUCCAGAGUGGGAGGCCAACCACAGCAGCAGCGACGACCUCUUCCAGGUGACCAUCACGGCGGAGCAGGAGUGCGUCUACCUGUGCUGGAACCGGCUGAGUCUGGAGAGAGUGCUCAGGCACCGGCCGCUGCUCAAGACCGUGCUCGACUGCAUCAUAGGCAAGGACAUCACGCAGAAGCUGUACGCGCUGAACGAGCAGCUGAACGCGGCGAGCGCCGCCGAGGCGGAGGCCCGGCAGGGCGCGCUGCGGGCGUCGCGCGCCGCCGACCACUGGCGCCGCGCGAUGGCGCGCUCGCUCAGCGUCGACGCCGUGCACACCGGCGCCAGGGGCCACGUGCGCUCGCUAGCCUGGCAGCAGCGCCGCGCCUCCUCCAACUCGGGCUCCGACCGGGCGUCGCCCGGGAGGCCGACGCGCGGGCCGUACCUGCAGGUGGUGGCCAACCACUUCCCCGCGACGUCGCCCUUCGCGGGCUACCACCACCCCUCGCCGCCUCCGCCGCCCCCGCCGCUUGGUGGAGGCUGCCUCUGGAUAGGGUGGGCUGUACCAGCGUGUGGUGCUGCACGCUUCCCGCACGUGCGCGAGCUGCUGGUCCAGUCCUGGCCGGGUGCCCCUGGCCUGUGGAGCAUCGCCACGCCCGCUGCUGCCUGGCUGCAGUACAGACCGGGCGUCAGCUGCCUGCUGCCUGUCCAACUGCGCCCGUCCUGUUUGGAAGCUCACAGGCGAGCACGCUCGAGUACACUGAUGGCUGAGUGCACGCUAAAAAGCGAGACAACCAACGUCCCGUGA